CUCGAAAUGUAGAGCUUAACAAUAUUUACAAUGCAUUUAUCCGCACAUUCAACAUUGGCAUAUGCCUUGCCCGUUCAUGGAGCUACUUUUCUAUGUUUUAACCCUCCUUGAAACGUUUUAGAUACACCCUCGCUGUAAAGCAAAUAUUCCUUUCCUCUGUUAUCACUGUGAAAUGAAAAACUACUCAUGCUCAAAAGCCUAUGUUCAGAACCUGCUCGCAAGCCAAAAUUAAGACCAAUUAAGUAAAACACUGUCUGUAGUAAGGAUUCCGGAUCGUUAAUGGCCAAAAAACCCUGCUCCCAAAGGUCACGUUCGACCUCAACAGGGAUUACUUCAGCUUGCUUUGGCCUUAUACCCACAUUAUUUUGAGCCGAACAUUUCAUUUCAACAUCUAACGACUUUCUGACUUUUUCAAAUUCUAAGCUCGAAAAAAAGUUAACACUUUGCCCUUUUAACUCUAGGUAUUUUUGCAAACUACUGAUUAUUUCAUACAGUGUUUUUCCAGGAUACCUUUCUCCACCGUCUUUUCUUACUUCUGCGAUGAACUGAUGUAAUACUUCGUUGAGGUCAACUUCUGGCAUCAUAUGUAUUUCUGACUUGUAAACCAAGAGAAUUUUAUCAACCAAACGCAUUUCCCUUCCAUCUUGAGAGAUCUCCUGGCGCCAUUGUGACCAAGCGUCGAACAGUCUGGAUGCCCACAUCGCUUUCCUCUUAGUAUUUUCUGGGAUGCUUCGCGAAGCCAACUCUAUCAUACUUUUACUGCUGCAAAUCUCAAACCGGUCAGACGUAUUCUGUUGCUCUAUUGCAAAAUAUAAAUAAAUUCAAAUAUUAAUCGCUAUGAUUAAUGCUUGUUACUAACUUUUAAACAAAACUUAGCUAAGACAAUUUUCACCUUUUCUAUCCAACGUGCUUUUCCCAGGUGCAUUACAUCGCCGCUCACUGACACUGUCUAUCUGAUUUGGCCUUUCCAGUGAAAUUCUCCGCUCUGCAAACAAAUCCAAUGACUGGGAAAGUAUUCCAUCCAGCCCAUCGUCUUCCAAAUCUAGACAGUCGCAAUCCCAAUCAUUGGUCUUUUCAACUUCAAAUUCAUCGUCAUAUCCUUCUCCAAACAAACUAAAAUCUCGCUUUCUCGAACCAGACAUCCUCACUCCACAAAUAUCAAUCAAGUAAUAAAAAGGUAGCUGUUGAAAAAACACAGCCCAGGAAUGCGCAUACAAAACACAAAUAUGGUGUGAAAAAUAAUAGUACCACAACAAUGAACUUGUAACUAUCUUAAUAGUUUUCUUUGUUCAUAAACACCAUAAUGUGCAUUAAGUCGGAUAAUACCCUCGCUCUCGGUAUUAUUAAAAAUAAUGACCUCGCGCUACGCGCUCGGUCAUUAUUUUUAAUAAUACAUCGAGCUUGGGCAUUAUCCUAUACAUAACAAAUGACUCUCAUAAAUUAUUACCCUUUCUUUGCAGAAUGGACGAGUGUCCUGCGCUGUUCGUAUUUGUCCAAAGUUGAAGUGUGCGACCAUAAUGCAAGUUAAAGGAAAAGAUUCCUGUUGUACACAGUGCCGAGGUAGAAACAAUACAUGCAUAAAAGUUCAUUUUUGGUUAAAACACAAAAUAAUAUAUUCAAUAACUGUAAAAGAAUAAAAUAUAAUUAUAUGAUAGAAUGCAACCAUAUAUUAUAUUAUUAAUUUUAGUUAACUUUCCAGGUUUCCCGCUUACGCCAAUUGGUGGCUUAUUUCAGUUUAAGCCUGCAGUAACUGUUCAAGGUAAGCACUUAUAAUUACAUUCCUUUGAGAUCCUACAAGCAUAUUUACGAAACAUACAGUAUCACUGCAGGCAAUAAUUGGAAUUUUUGUACCCGGCGCAAUACGUAAAAUCUUGAGUAUAUAGCCAGUCCAUUUAACUUAAAGAAGUUGUUUUAUGUUUCCAGGUUCUUGCUUUGACAAAGGACGUUAUUAUAAAAACAAAGAUAUGUGGAAUCCUUUAGUAUCCACGUCAGAAACUAAAGCCUUCCAACAGCCAAACUGUGAUCUCUGCGUUUGUCAAGUACGUUUAAGCAUAUCACUUUCGAGCAUGCAUGCCGUGUUUGUCCAGAAUUAAAAUGGACAAACACUUCAUUGAAAUAAUCCAGUCUAAGUGGAAAUGAUGAAAGUCUAACAAUGACGUCAGUCGCCACAAGCUGCACAAGACACAGUCUAAAGUUUGACUCCUUUUCAAACUCAGAUAUUAUUAAAUAAAUAUAAACCUCCCAAGGAUUAUAUUCAUUCGUAAGCAUUUUUGUUGGGCUUAACUAUAAUGGAAUGAAAAAAUCCAUUCCAGAAAGUGAAGGGGAGAGCGUCAGAGCGCAUGUUAACCGAUCUUUGUACGCUUCCUAAUAACUAGCAACCGUUAUCUAACAUCUUUAUCUAAGCGGAGCACAUUUUAUAAUCCAAAAAGGGCAUUUUCGUUUGAAAGAAGGGUCACCGGCCCCCAGGUUUCCACGGCCCUUACCGGUCCCAAGUGCCCCUCCCCCCCCCACCGGUUUCCGCGGCCCUUGAAUCCCAAAAAGAUGCCAGUCCGACCACAAUUGACGCCGAAUAGCUAUUAAUCAUGUAUCAUGAAUUGUAAAGAAAGAAAAAUAUGGCAAAAAGUGCGGGGGCGGGGGAUGCGUCUUCCUCAGGCUUGGCGCCGUCUAUGGGCUAAUAUACGCGGGUGGGCUUAUAUUCGGAAUGGGCUGAACGUUAGUUACUUACUAAUUUUAUAAACCGUAAUAAUUUAAUUUAAGAAUUACGAACUCGCCAAAAAGGCUUUUCAGGUCCAUUUACAAUACAUAGCUAAAACCUAGAAUUAUAACGUAACAUUACAUAUAUUACUCACUGAGAUAUUACUAUAUUAAAACAAUUGAGGCAUUGUCCCUAUGGGGCAGUAUCUCUGGGGCAGUGCCUAUUAUUGGUACUUUUAUGCAAACCAUCAAAUAUGAAAAUUAUUAAUGGUGGUAAAUUAAUAUUUUAAUCUAGAAGACAGCAGUAAAAUGUAACACAGUAUCAUGUCCAAAGUUGGAAUGUGCUAAUCCUAUCCAAAGGCAUGCAAAUGAUUGUUGCCAAUCAUGCCCAGGUAACUUGAGCACUCUGUAUUGUAUAUAGGUGUGAAUACAAUAUGCACCUUUGUGACAGGAGUUUCAUUUCUACAAUAUAAUUAUAUUUUCUGGUUAUAAUAUAACUUCACAUCAUUUCAGUUUCACUUUCACUUUCACUCAUGCGCGAGAGUGCAGGUUUUUUCGGGUACUCCGUCCUCUUAAUUAAUAACGAAUGGCCCUCACUAUAUAGACCCGAAUAGAGGAACAGUUUAUCGAUCUGUCAGAGCUAUUCAGUAUAAAUUAAAUUAGUUUACGUACUUUUAGUUUAAAUGAAUAGUGUUGACUAGUGAUGCCAAUACUAACUUACAGAUAUACUGUCCUUGCAGAUAAACAAAUGGUAGGGUCAACUACGAACCGUACUUUUCCUCAAAAUACCACACUAAAGAAACCUACAGGUAACGAUAUAAUUAUACAGACAACAAUGUCAAGUGCAUGAUCCUUUUCAUUCAAUGAUCAGACCUGGAAAAUAGUGGGAUCUCGGGAUCUUGAGGACACACAUACGGAGAAUCUUAAGGAAUCAUUAUAUCACACUUUUUUAUCUGUCAUCUGAGAUUGUGAAGUGUUGUUCAAUGUUCGAAUUUGUCGUAAUGUACGGUCAAAUUUUCCAUUGUUUUUACGCACUUUUGAGGAACAUUUGGAAAAGGCAAAUCCAGGAUCGGAGGAACAUUAAACACUUUUCUAGGUCUGUCUAUAUGAUAUAUUAUCAUACGUACUUGCCAAUAUAUUUUGCACUGAAAUUUUGUUUCUAUUUUAGAUGUAAAGUUUCCAGAUUGCAAAUUUCUUUCAACAAUAUAUAAACACAACAGCUCCUGGACUCCACAAAUACCUGGGCAUGAUGAUCCCAACAGCUGUGUGCGGUGCACGUGUGAGGUAUUAAUUAAACUUCUUGUCGGCAAGCUUGUGUAAUUUCAUCAAAUUCAGAUGAAAUUAAGUUGUGAUAUAUAAACGUGCUUUGCAUGUACCUGGUCAGACCAGUUAGAACUGCAGUUUAUUUAAUGGGAAGAUGUGGGGCAAGUUGGAAAUCUGGGUAAAAUGGACUUUGACCCAGGCUUGAUCAAUCUAACCCGAAGGCUUAAGCCGGUUUUCCAUUAGGAGGAAUUUUGCGCGCGGAGCGAAAUUUUUCUUUGUCUUUUCCAUUAUCCUGGUCAAUGACAUAUCCGGCCAUUAUCCUGGUAAACGGCAACAAUCCAUUCCAAAUAGGCAACGGCCCGAUGGGGGAAGGGGUCGGCGUCACCGCCAGAUAUAGAUCUAAUUAUAGUAGUAUAAUAGAUUAGGUCCAAACUUAUCGGGUGUUGAGGAUAAUAAAGAUAGAUAUGUGGAGAUGUUCAAGGUGCGCCCUCAUUACCCCAUGCAAUGUCUAUGUCUAUGUCAAGCAGCAUCAAUGCCUAUGGUUAGCAAUACGCGUGCAACGAUUUACGUGGGAACGAGUGACAAAGUUGUGAUGAAAUGUGCCAAAUGUACCAAGGGUCCAUUCCUCCAAUAUGUAUAGUUAUCUCAAUAUAAAUGUUUUUCUUCCUGAGUUGCAUUUGGGAUGAAUAUACUUCCAGUUUGAGUCUACCAAACAUCCAUGCCCUAACAGGACAUCUACGGCGAACUCUUUAGAACUGACAGAGCUGCCAAGCAUCGAUAAAUUGAAUUCGUUAAGUUUUAAUACCAGAAGUAUUUUAAUACUUAAAAGUAUUCAAUAUUGUCCUUCUGACAACUCUACACUCAAAACACUAUUACGAACUUUUUUUUAUUCCCUCUUUCUAUUUAGUUUUCUCGAAUAAAAUGUAAUCGAAAUGGAUGUGUGAAUGAAACAAGCUGCAUUGGAAGAUCGUGUUUAAGUAAGUAACUAUAUAAACUAAGUGCUGUAAUCCUCAUAAGGUAUAGGGCUAAGGCGAAAACUAAGGGCGUCCCCAUGCCGCUGCUACCACGUCCCUGCAUGCUAUUGAAAAUGGUGAUAAGUUUACUUCAUUUACAAAACAUGUCUCAGUUGAUGAGAAGAACUGCAUGGUGUCUGAAUUUCGAUCCUUUGUCCAAGAAUUUAAAAAGAAAAUUGCGGAGGGAAAAUGUAAUUCAGUGUCUAAUAUUAUGCAACCAUUACGGCAGAACGAUCUUAUAAACCGGAUUUUAUAAUGUCUAAAAUGUCCCAAGAUAGGGUCCCAUGCCUAAUGGGCCCCUUCUUUCAUCGUCACGCCGCUAAGCUAGAGUUUCAGUUGAUCAUGUGAAGAUUGAAAUUACGUACGCUAGUAAAUAGCAUUAGUGGUCGAAGCAGUCCUGUAAAUAAAUCAGUUCAUUAACAUCAGAAUAACUUUAUCAUGAACGGUCCAUGACAAUUGAAGGUGACGAUAAUCUCUGUUUUCAGAUACUCGAGGAGUUAAAACCUCUACCAGGCUCAACUCUGACAAACGCUUGUGUAGUUCAGGGGACAGAAUUGAAGUUUAUCUAUUCGUAAAUGAAAACUCCAAAAGAAUGAGAGCAAAACAAAACUAUAUUGCACGAAUUGCUAUCAUUAGUCCAAAGGAAUCAUUUGUUAAGGUUCAUUUUUGGGACGUUGCUGGUAACAGAGCCACGAUAAAGUCGUCCAAGCCAAGAAAGACUCGGUUUCGAAGGCGAAAGGCAAACUACGUGAAAAUGGGUGAAACUAAGAUUGGUAAGUAUACGUGUAAGAGUGGUCCAAGGAUCAUGCAUGGUAUUGUUGACAUUUUGGGUAUGGAAUGUUCCAAUUUAACUUAUAGAUCGAAUCUGAAAUCACAUGGUUCCGAGUAGCGUGUGUGUAACAAUAAGCUUCCGCAAGUAGCGCAAGAAUAAGUUUCCAUCAUAGAAUAAUUGGCACAAGUAUGGUGAAAACAACCUCAAACGAUUACUUAAACUACAGCAAAACCUUUCCUAGCCUCCAUCUCACGUUCACCACUGAAAGUUGUAAUUAAUGUAGAACAAUAAUUUAACAUUGAUCGAUAGGUAACCUAUAUCAAUUCGCAGCUUUCUUUUUGAUCGGUGGGGCAGGGAGUGGUCGAAUGAUAUAUGUGUAAUAAUUUGAAGGAGUUGGAAGUAAUAAUCUUUGGAAGCUGCAUGCCGAUAAUUCAAUAUGUGUGUUGGUUUGUGGAAAACACCACGUUGAAUAUAUUCUAUGGUUUGAGCAUCUAGACAGUAACAAUACUAAAUUUGAACAUAGAAAGGUGUGUCUGAGAAUAAAGACAUGUAUUGUAGUUCUCAAGUUUGUGUAUUCGGAAAGUAGCUGAAUUUCCCAACGUCAACAAGAAUCGAUUUCUUUUCUUAGGACGAAUCAAUCGUUUCCUCAACAAAGAGAAAACGCUCGAGAAAUGCAGCCGUAAAUGCAAGAAUAAAGCAAGAGACUUUAUUAACAUUUUGAAAAACCGUGUCAGAUAUUUGAAGACAUCAUCAUGUAGAUCUAUUGAUCUCUUCAGAAGUUUGAAGCCUAGCCUACCGUGAUGGAAUUAGCAAGAUCUAUUGUACUCGUGAACAUUACAGCUUUGUUGUUGCAUAACGUUCACUAGAUGUAUAGGUAUAUACACCUCAUAACUGUAUAGUAUAUCUCCGUAUGUAUGUAUAGUAUUAGAUAAAAUUGGAUAUAACCAUAGGCAUAUAGGUCCGCUUUUGUGGUUACGCAAGGAGUUCAUUCGUAGACACGUUUUAGUAUUUGAAAUACAAGCAUAAAUCUAAAACAUAAUUACAACAGGCCUGUCCUUACGUACACAUGCAGGAAAUCUGAUCUGUCACACGCAUUCAACAUAAAGCUUUUCAAAAACUUGUAUGUAUCACGAUCACAUGGUGUUAUUUUGUCAAUUUGCAACAGGAUUGACCCUCACUAUACUUAUUAAAAAGUUGUUGAUUUGCAGGACGAUAACAAGUUGUAGGAAGAUAACAACACGGGGGAGCUUAGGCGGCAACA